AUGGGCAGGAGUAAGCGCCCCUUUCUACCUCCAGCACUCCCCUCCCUGGUGAUGCCACAAGUCCCAGCUCUGAACCCCAGCGAUGCCUUGAGCCUUGGCUUCACAGAAGAUCUUAUUAGGCGGAAUGCGGAACACAAUGACUGUAUAAUUUUUUCCCUGGAGGAACUCUCUCUGCAUCAGCAAGAAAUAGAAAGAUUAGAACAUAUUGACAAAUGGUGUCGGGAUUUAAAAAUCCUUUAUCUUCAAAAUAAUCUCAUUGGAAAAAUUGAAAAUGUUAGCAAGCUCAAGAAACUAGAAUAUUUGAAUUUAGCUUUGAACAACAUUGAAAAAAUUGAAAAUUUGGAAGGAUGUGAAGGGCUAACAAAACUUGACUUGACUGUAAAUUUCAUUGGUGAGCUGAGCAGCGUUAAAACCCUCCAGCACAACAUCCAUCUGAAAGAACUCUUUCUCAUGGGCAAUCCAUGUGCUGAUUUUGAUGGCUACAGGCAGUUUGUAGUGGCAACUCUUCAACAAUUAAGGUGGUUGGAUGGAAAAGAAAUAGAGCGUUCAGAAAGGAUUCAAGCAUUGCAGAACUUUCCAGAAAUUGAGCCACAUAUCGAAGAGCAAGAAAAAGCCUAUUAUCUCAAACGGGCCAAAGAAAAGGAAGAGGCUGAGAAGAAAGUACAAGAAGAACAUAAAAAGGAAGAAAAUAGAAGUCACCAUGAGCAUCUCAGGCAAGUGAAGCCCAGUGGUUUAAGUCUAGACUGCCCAUCUUUUCUAGGGUGCCAAGAUCACCUCGAGACACCAGAAAGACAAGAAGGAAUAUACAAGAAGAAGAAAUUGGGUGAAAGUGAGAAUGACCUGGAAUUCUGGAAUAAGCCCUCUUUGUUUACUCCUGAAUCGAGGUUGGAAACUCUUCGACAGAUGGAAAAAACCAGAAAAGAACAAGACAAAUUAAGUGAAAAGAAGAAGAAAGUGAAGCCACCCAGGACCUUGGUCACUGAAGAUGGGAAAGCCCUCAAUGUCAAUGAGCCUAAACUGGACUUCUCAUUGAAUGAUGAUGACAAGCAUCACCAAAUUAUCCUGGACCUGGCCAUCUAUAGGUAUAUGGAUACUUCUUUGAUUGAAGUUGAUGUGCAGCCAACUUACGUGCGGGUGAUGGUCAAAGGAAAGGUAUUUCAGCUUGUCCUUCCCACAGAAGUCAAACCUGAUAGCAGCUCUGCCAAAAGAUCUCAGACAACAGGACAUUUGGUAAUCUGCAUGCCUAAGGUUGGAGAAGUAAUCACAAGAGUUCAACCAGUAUCCAAGUCUGUGAAAAGUAACUUGGAUAGCAGUAGAGAACAAGCAAACAAAAGACACAGACAACUCGAGAAACUAGAAGUUGAUCCUAGCAAGCACUCCUUCCCGGAUGUAGCUAACAUUGUUCAAGAGAAAAGACACGCAGCUAGAAGAGUUCAAGCUGAACCCAAAAUUAGACCGCAAGAGGAAGAUUCAAGCUUUGAAGAUGAUCCCGAAGUGCCUCCUCUGAUCUGAACUAUAAGGCUAUGUUCUCUACAACCGUACAGAUCCAGUUUUGCCCU